CAUUGUUCGAUCUAAAUCCUUUUGCUCAGUAAAGAUUUUUGAUCGUUUCUGCGUGUUUGCUGCAGCAGAAAUUCGUUAUGAGAAGCAAGUUUAAGAUAUUGGUCGGUGACUUUGUCACAUUUAGGUGACGCAAUUUUGAUCACCAUUUGCCAGAAUUCGCUGGUGUUACUAUUGGUUAGAAUAAGUAUCUUCGUCUUGUACUAUGUGCACUACAUCUGGUGUGCCUAUAGGGCCACGCAACUAAGCUAGUUAAUAAGCAUUUUGAGUUUAGCUCAAUCCUUCUGAUCAAUAUUAUCUCCGACCAAAUUUCGGAUGAAUUUGUAAUUUUUUUCAUGAGCCGACUCACAUCGUCUCAUGAAAAAAAUUUUCUGUUGUGGCAAUGCUGUGUAACAUAUAAGAUUAUACUUGGUUUAUUUUGUCUUCAAUAAACCAAUUCGGAUAAAUAACAUGUCAUCAAACAAAAUAAUUGUCACCGAAUGAGAAAAACUUCGAAGGAUUUCGCUCCGUGUAUACAAAAAGUGUGAACCGACCUGAAGAAAACUGAAACCGUACUGUUGUCAUCCGCAAGAAAACUGGGCAAGGAAGAAAAAGCAUCAAGAAAACACCAGCACCGGCUCAACUUCACGCACUUCCGUGGGAUUGUCAUUCGACAAAAGAAAAAGUGCGGGAUAGAUGCAGUGUGCCUCGUUGUCGCGAUUUCGGAAACCAAAGCCCCUGAAUCUACCUAAACGGGAAACGCACCAAAUAGAGAGAAGAACUCGUCCUAACGACUCCUUCUCUGCCUUUUCUUCUCGUGUCAGGAGCGGAGGAAGAAAGCCGAGAACGGCUGUUUGCCGAAUCGUGCUGCUGUUCCGUGACGAAAACAACCUGCGAAGGUUUCCCAAGCCGUUGGAAAGACGGUCACAAAGAGUUUGGCUACUUUGGGAACCCGCAGAGUUGGAGACGAAAGCACGGAAAAUAACCAACAAACGAGCACCCGGAGAAGAGGAAAAGUGCCAAGUAAUCCCGGCAACUGAACCGGCAAACGGAAGGGAAAAAGUUCCCGAGAGCCCCUUCACAAAAGGGGCUCUCUUUUUCCCCUUCUUUUCUUCCUCUUUUUCUCCCAGGAGUUGGUCAACGGUGUGCGAGCGGACAACAGUACGCGUGCGGAAACAAGCGGGAACCGAAGAGCAUCAGAAAGCAGUUCGACAGUGGUCGAUGGUCAUCAAGGAAUCGCAGGACUUCCGGAGAAGCCGGAAUUCAUCGCUACAAGGUACCAGACGGAGAUUCGACAGUGGUCGAGGAGUUCGAGGGAACCGGAAACAGAUUCCGGAAGAAUCCGGAUUGCACGGAGGAGAAUUUCACCAGAAAAGUGCUCGACAGUGGUCGAGAGUAUCAGAGGAACGGUUCGUGGUUUUCCGGAACAAUCCGGGUAGAAGCUGCACGGAAUCGAAGCCGACGGCUGCCGGUGGAGAACGAUUCGGCCUUGACGCAGGCCAGAGAAUCGUCGUCGACCGAAGAAGGCAAUCUACCGCAACCGCAAGUAUGCUGUCAGGACAUCCAAAUGCGAAUUGUUGCUGCGUUCGCCACCCGAGCGAUUUCUGCGAUUUCUGGGUCAACGAUGACCGACCAAUUGAUCGUCAUUCUUGGGACGAAUCGAGUCCGGAACAUCCAGUGAAAUGCACGUAAGUCAGCUGUUUAUUCAUUGCUUUCACACACCAUAAAUAAUCAGAUGAAUGAGCCUGAGGGCAAAAUAAAAAGGAUGGCUUGACCAUCAAUAAUUUGUUUGAGAAAUGUAAUGACAUGUUUAAAUUUAUUGCUUUUGCUUAGAACAACCUGAGCUAGCCUGGCAAAGAGGAAGAAACAAUUCUCUUCUUCUUUUCCUUAAGCCAA